AUGUCAACAGAUAGAAGGUACUCGGAUACGGCCUCAAUUGCCAGUGUGGGAGACCGCCAGUUUGCCUCUGCAAACGACAUCUUUAUUCAUCUUUCCAUUCCCCAAAUUCGUAAAUUGAAUAAUGAAUAUAAAGACCAUGUCAACAAGGCUAAAUCUGAUCUUCACUCUUUGGUGGGAAGCAAGUACAGGGAUUUGAUUAGAAUCUCGGAAGAUAUUGACGUAAUGCAUGGAUUUACCAGAGAAGUAGACUCAAGACUUGCUGAUCUUUCUUAUAAGCCGGGAAAAUUUGUCAAUUUUAACAAUUCAAAUCCGUAUUCAAAAUUCAAUUCAAAUUUAAGAUCUAGACAAAUUGAAUUUGCUAGAACAAAUUCCAAGAAAACCAUCUUGAAUUACUUGAUUAAUAAGAAAUUGGUUGCAUUGGAUUUGAAAUUAUCCACAUCUGAUCAUUUGAAAAAUGCCUUUUGGUUGAUUCAUUAUGCAAAAUUGUACCAUGCUAUAGAAUUUUUGUUUCAGGAUAAGUUAUCAACUGAUGCUCAUUUGUCAAAUCGAUUUUCAAAAUUGAAAAAUAAAUUCGUUUCUUAUUUAGAGAAAGAGUUGUCUCAAUAUAAUGCCCCAGUAGAAGACUAUAUUUCAAGUGACUAUAAUUUGUAUUCCCCGUCCCACAGAUUAUCCGCUAGCGAUGAUCAUGAAUUUAAUGAAGACGAUUAUGAUGAUCUUCAAGAUUUAGAUCUUCCUAAUGCCUCCGAUUGUAUUAAUAAGAAUUCUCCUCAAUUUCUUAAUUAUUUGGUUGCAUACGUCAUUGUAAACCACAAUAAUUCAAACCUCAAUUCUCUUUCCAAAGUCGCUGAAAAAUUAAUCAAUUUACGUUUAUCUUACCUAGAAUCUUUAUUGGAAAAUGUGCUUUCAUCGGGUUUGAAAACAGUUCACAUCAGCUUCUUUAAAGUCUUGACUUUUAUUGAAAAUACCUGUGAUUAUAUUGCAAAGUUCCUCGGUGGACUGACAACUAAUGAUUUUGCAAAAUCAUUGAAACAAGUCACUGCUUCAUGGAAAAUUUCUGAUUUAUUGGGCUUCCAUGACUGGUUUGACAUAGAGGAAGUUGGAUUUAACCGGGACAUUUAUUUAAUUAGUUUACCUGACUCUUCAAUCAAAGCUACUAAUGAAUUAUUAAGAAAAUUCCCUUCUAUGAUACUGCAAAAUAUAGAGAAAAUAUUCUCAUUAGUUGGAGCAUCUUAUGAUCCAUUACUUAAAUUAUCCCAUCAGUUUGUCAUUUUCCAUAAUUUUAUUGUGAAUUUGGGUAAAGUCGUUGUCUCGAGUGCAUCAAAUGGCAAAUCUCACAAUCUUCUGAGACUUGUGACAGACUCUGGCCUUGCCCAAUCAAUUUUGAAUAAAAUUCUAUCCAAUACAGAAUGUAUCUUUGAUUCCCAUUUCAAGAGCUUAUCAGACAAAUCAUUCUCAGGAAAUAUUGCUUCCCUCAUAGAGUCUCAUUUGGCAGCCGAUAAAAAAGGCAAAGAUUCAGGUUUAUUUUCAAGUGACAUGGUAGACCUUAUAGAUACCAAUCUAAACCUUUAUAUUGACGGCAUUCGCGACUCAUCCUUUUCUUCGUCUUUUCUGAUUUCUGAUAUAUUACCUAUACAAGAAUCUUGUAACAAGAUUGAUGAUUGGUUUGGAAUUUUUGUUUCUUUGAGGCGUUCUCUCGAAACUCAAAAACCAACGUCUUUGAAUAGACAAGAUUUUACUGCUGCAUUAGCCUAUUUAAUUAAAUUCCUCCGGAAGGACUUUGAUGAAUUAAGUCAAGGAACUUUGAAAUGGGGCAGUUUCUCUUAUGCCGUUGUUGAAGAAAAAUUCACUUCAUUAAAGACCCAACUAUCAAAACAAUUCUGGGACAAUAUUAUUGCUUUUCUUGAUUUCCUCUCCAAUAUCAUAGAUAACAUCAGUGCUGAUCAAGAUUUGAAAAAUCUUUACUCUUUAUUACAUAUACUCGUUACAAUGAAGGAGAAAGUCCUUUUGUUUGAUGAUAUUGAAAGUGAAAUAUUGCAAUCAAUAGAUUCAUUGGUUAGAGAUGUUUAUACUAAAUUCUUUUCUGCAAUCCUGAAUCUAAAAUUAAAGAAUCUGACAUAUGUCGAGAGUUUACGAGAUGCCAUCAUUACUCCUGCUAGCCCAGAAUCUUCAACUUUCCGACCAUCUCUAAGACUUUCAUCUAUAUUAUACCAAUUUUCUGCUAAUAUAUUAUCUCUCGAUGGUCAAAACCACUCUCUUGGCUACUCACAUAGCAGGAUUUUUACCAACAAACACGUGAAAAAGACGUUUAUCGAGUUGAAAUCAAAAUGGAUAUAUGAAGAGCUCAUACUUCCGUCUCGUGAACAUAUUCCCAUUAACGCAAUGAAACCAGUCUCAAAUGAAAACUCAAAGGCCAAAGCAGACCAAAAUACGGAGACUGAAAGUACAAAUGUGUCUGAAACUGAACAAGAAUCAAUGCUGGGAGAGUCUGUUCAAAGUUCAAGUAUAAACUCAGAUGCUGUUUAUGCUAAUCUUAUGUACAUAUUAAGUUUUGCAAAUGCAGAACCAAUUGAUGAAUCAAACGAAUCGGGUCUAGAAAUUUUGAAGGAGAUUAAUAGUUCGCAUAAAAUCAUAAGUGAGAAUGAUUCUAAAGCCAUCUUAAAAGGUAUUAAAGAGUUCUACAAGUCUAACAAAGGUCUUUACUUGCCUUUUCUGGUUUGCUAA